AUGCCAUCUCCCAAAGUCCCUCUUCCGACCUGGCAAAGUGGCAUCAAGAUCACGAAUGAGCCUCCAAAGGGAUUGCGAGCCAACUUGGGUCGUACCUGCCAAGCCAUCGGCGAGGACGUUUUUGAAAGCUGCCCUUCCAAGCCAGCCGAGCAUGGUCCUCAGCAUUGCGAGAAGACAUGGAAGCUCGAGAGAAGUUGGGACGUUCCCUAUGAAUGGCUGGACUCGGACUUUCAGGUUUCCCGAGAGCAGGUCCGCAUGUGCCUGGUGUCCCAGCCGGACGUUCCAUGGAUCACGCUGCGGUACAUCAUUGCCCGAGCGAACUAUGGAGGGCGAGGUACUGACGACGACAAGGACGUGAGGCUCAUCUCUGCAGUGCUCAAGGGCGGCUACUUCAGCGGCCAUCCGCAAGCUUGCAACGGCCACGUCAGACAAAUCACCAUCUUCAGCUGA